CCGGCGUCCCGCCCCCGGGGCUCCCCGCGGCUCCUUCUCGCCCAUUGCUCUCCACCGCGAGUCCCCAGCCUUUCCACUGAGCAGGACACACGCGCAAAUUCCAGCAGGAAGCGUUAGUCUGGAAAAUACGGGAAAUCGAAAACUGGCAAAUGGUGUGGAACGUUGUGUAUGAAAACCUUCAAGCACCUUAAAAUAACAUUGGCAACUUAAAAGAGGAUGCACACUUUUCCAACAACGCCCGCCCGGGAAAGGCCGCGCUCGCUCGGGGGUGGACCUGCGGAAUCCCAGCUGAGUCUGGGAGCCUGGACUGCCCUGGGGUCAAGAUCGGGACUUGAACCCAGAGCCCCAAGCUUUCCUCCCACUAGUUUCCCAUUGGAAGUACCCGGGACGACUUCCCCGCGCCGGGAGGAGGGGAAAGGGCAUUCCCCUCUCUAGGCGGAUUCAGCGGUGCCCCACCGCCCCUCCGCUUCCUGAUUGGCUCUGGUCCCUGUCAAUUAAAAGUCUUCCCUAAUGCUCCCGCCCUAUUAACCCUAUUGUCACUCUCCAGGGACCGGCGAGGCUAGUAGUGGGGUUAAUCGCCUUGGGACCUGUGGAGUCCACCGGCGCUUGUUGAAAUUCAGAUUCCUGGACCCUCCUCUUUCCAGAGAGUCUGAUUUAGUAGAUGGGGCCGCGGAUUCUGUAUCGGGAACAAAUGUGGGAGUGGUUCCAGGCCCCUCGCAGUCUGAGAAGCCCUCAUUUCAACGGCCCUCCAGGUAGGGCUGGGACCCAGUCCUUCCCUAGUACUGAGGGUCCAAGCUGGGAAGGAAGCAGUUCAGUGACCCCUGAAGACUGGCCUGGGCAGCUCUGAGUGUUUGUAAAGGGAGGCAGGGGGAGGUGAGGUGGGCUCUCUGAGCUGGAUGGGGAGGAUCAGGUUGUUCAGAAUCAGGGCCUCUAUGCAGUCGCCUUCCAACCUCUCUAGGAAAGACUUUAGUAGCUGGGAGGAAGGUCAGAGAGCAUUGUCUAAAACCAGGGCACCUGGACUUUUAUCAACUCGGGGCAUAGAUCGUGCUUGCUUUCCUUUUAAUACUGUAUAAAAUGGGGAUUCCCCCCCCCCAACAAGUGAUAACGUAGUUUAAAGGAGAAUCAGAUGUUCUCUCUUUCCCUUCUAAACGAGAAAAUAAAUGAGCAAAUAAACCAGAAAUCCUUCAGCAUCCAGGGCCGACUUCAUGAGUCUGAGACCUGUGCAGUAGCACAGGGCCCCAUGCUUGGUUUGAUGACUUGGUUAAAUGCUCUGCUUAUCACUGGCUUGAAGUUCUUAAACAUGUUUUGAACGAGUACUGCAUUUUCAUUUUGCACUGGGCUCCACAAAUUGUGUAUUAGCUCCUGGGCCACAGGUAUUUCCAUACAUGGGCUCUGGUGUUCUCCUCCACACUCUGGCUUUCCGAGGCCCAGGGACACCUUUCUCUCUCCAAGCCAGAGCUGCUGGGAGCCUCACAGCCCCCACCCCACGCCAGCAAUGGCUGAGCCUGGAGAGCAACUGCCCGAGGAGGUGCUGGCGCUCAUCUUCUGCCACCUGCCCCUGUGGGACCGCGCUGCUGCCGCCAGGGUCUGCAGAGCCUGGGCCGCUGCUGCCAUCUGCAGCGCUGUGUGGCACGACACGACCAUCAGUUGCUACUGUGAGCGAGAAGGCAAGCUGCCACCAUAUCUGUCAGCCUGCCUGGACCACAUUCGCAAUCUGCGUUUGGAAUUUGAGCCAUCGAAGGAGCCGAGCCGCCGGAUGGCCACGGAGUUGCUGACCGCGCUGGCAGGCCGUACCCCAGGACUUCGAGGCCUGUGCCUGGAGUGUCGCGGAGAGAAGCCGCUCUUCGACGCGGGCCGCGAUGUCCUGGACGCCGUGUCCGCCAUCUGCCGGGCCGCUCGCGAAUUGCGUCACCUCGACCUGAGGCGCUUGCCCUUCACUCUGGACGACGCGCUGGUGCUGCGGGCGGCACGCGGCUGCCCCGAGCUCCGCAGCCUUUUCCUGAACAACGGUACGCUGGUGGGCAGCGUGGGGCCGGGCUCCGUGCUCGAGCUGCUAGAGGCCUGCCCGCGCCUGUGCACCCUCGGCCUGCACCUGGCCAGCCUGUCACACGCCGCCCUCGAGGUGCUGGCGGCGCCGGACCGCGCGCCUUUCGCUCUCCUGGCCCUGCGGUGCGCCUGCCCUGAGGACACACGGGCCCCCCCUCUGCCCAACGAAGCCUGGGCCGUGUUGCGCCGCCGCCACCCUGGACUGGCUGUGGAGGUGGAACUGGAGCCGGCGAUGCCUGCUGAGAGCGUGACGCGCGUUCUGCAGCCCGCAGUGCCAGUGGCUGCGCUGCGCCUCUGCCUCUCUGGUGACAGCGCCGGCCCCGUGCGCUUCGCUGCGCUGCACUACGCCGCAACCCUGCGCGUGCUCGAGGUGCGCGCCGCCGCUUCUGCCGAGCUGGACUCCGCACUGGAGCUGCUGGCGGAGCGCUGCCCGGGCCUGCGCGAGGUGCACUGCUUCUGCGUGGUGCGACCCUCCGUCCUGCACGCCUUCCUCGCGCACUGCCCGCGCCUGCGCAGCUACACGCUCAAACUAACGCGGGAGCGCCAUCCCUGGCGGCCCACGCGUGUGGAGUGAUGGGGCAAGCCCUCUCCCGCCCCUGCCCUCAGCAGGCGUGCGGCCCCUCAGAUGCCGGGUGGAUGUGCCCAAGAGAGCGCCAACUGCUAACCUGCUCCGUCAGGACUCUGUUGCCACUUGUGCCUCUCGAAGAUUUGGGGGGAGGGGUGCCCUCCGUCCACUCAAUGCUCUCGACAUCUGCAGGCGGCCCCGAUGUGCCCGGGUACUGGGAUCACCCUCCUCCAACCUCCCACCUCUGCGCCAGCUCCGCAACCCCCUCCGCCCGGGUGGGGUGGCAGGGGAGGGCACAAGCGCAGGCCGAGCCUCGGGGGUAAGUGUGGAAUAAACAAAGCUUGCAGC